GCUCCGAUGAGACCCCUGGCCCCCUGUCAUCGCCAGUGAGACCGCGACCGAGGGCCGUGGUGCAGGCUCCGCUGCCCCUUUGCCCGACUCCGGGAGCCAAGGGCUGCGGUGCGCUCUCCGCCAGUUUCGACUCCGCGAGCACGGCAUCAGAGCCCCGGCCCGUUUUUACCAGCGGCCGCCGAUUCGGCGAGGAGGACUUGUCGCGAAGACUUGACGAGAUCUGCCGGCAGCUUGAUGCGGUCUUCUGA